AUGGCGAGGAGUGGUGUAGCCAUCGUCGUCCUCUUCGUCGUCGGACGACUCCUGCGCGUACAUGCGACCGAUACGUUUCCCAACCCGACGCCCGAAGGCAAGUCGUGGGCGCCGUGCGCGUCCGCGGUGCUGGCGAUCGCAGCCCAAGGCGACGGCUCCUCGCCGGGCUCGUGCAUGAGCUGCGAUCCAGCGCAGAACAAGUGCCCCGCCAAGUGCCAGCCGCUCAUCAACACGUUGUACGUCGACUGCGACGGUGUCUACUCGCCUCCAGGUCUCUUUUUUGACCCGGCGGCCAAGAUCCAUGGCUACUGGAACGGCCAAGUCAACGUGACGCGCAUCGCGGUCGAGCGCUGCGGCUGCAACGACGCUCUUCGCACCCUUCAUGGCAGCGUCGCACUCGCUCUCGCUGGAACGCUGUGGCUUCUUUACUAACUUAAAUAUCGUACAUUGCUCUUGGU